CACUAAGAAAGUAACCUCCUUAUAGUUGGAAAGCACUGAGCAUCCAUUCUAUACUUCCAAGUAUCAUGUUCUUGACCCUAGCAUGUAAGUAGGAAAUCGAACACUUCUAGAAAUAUAUCGUACGACUAGCAAAAGCGGGGUACGAACCCAUCAACCCCACCCACAACACCCCAACGGACUCUCCAACUCGAUCGUGCACAUCCACUCAACCACCCCCUGCAAGCAAAGUAAAGAUGCCACCCACCAAAACCAUCUGCAUCAUCGGCAUAACCGGCAACCAAGGCCACUCCGUUGCCCGCCGCUUCCUACAGGACCCAACCUUCCACGUCCGGGGCCUCACCCGCAACCCACACAGUCCGACCGCGCAGACCCUCGCCCAGCAAGGCGUCGAGCUCAUCCCCGCCGACCUCAACGACCCGACCAGUUUACUCCCGGCCUUUCAAGGCGCAAACAUCAUCUUCAGCGUCACUAACUACUGGGAACCCUUCUUCAGCCCGGCCGGUCGCCAGCAGGCCGCCGCCGCCGGCAUCUCGCCUCGCGAGCACGCCUACCGGGUGGAGCGGCAGCAGGGGCAGAACAUCGCCGAUGCGGCGGCGCAGACGGUGGACUCGCUCGAUGCGAACGGGUUCAUUGUCUCGACGCUGAGCCACGCGACGCGAUGCAGCGGGGGCCGGUUUCGGGAGCUGUACCAUUUCGAUGCCAAGGCGGAGGUGUUCCCCGAUUAUGUACGGGCGAGGUAUCCGGCGCUGGCGGCGAAGAUUUCAUGUGUGCAGACGGGGUACUUUACCUCGAGUUAUAAGCUGGUUCCCGGGGCGUAUUUUGGGAAGGGCAAGACGGAGGACGGGGAGGAUGUGUUGGAGAUGACCUUCACCACAGCCCCGGAUGCUGUGGUGCCCCAUCUCGAUGUGCAAACUGAUCUAGGUGGGUUUGUGUAUGCGGUUGCUCAGAUGCCGCCCGGGAGGAGUUAUAUGGUCUGUGGGACGAGGUGCAGUUGGGCAGAGUAUAUGAGGAUUUGGGGCAAUGUGAACGCGGUGGCGGCGCGGUAUCGGCAGAUCACGCUCGAGGAGCUCAUUGCAAAAGCGCCCGAACCGGAGUUUGGCCGCGAAGUGGGGGAUAUGUUCUCCUAUUCGACGGAUCCGGGGUAUGAUGGGGGUGAUGGGAGCUUGUUGACGGCGGAGGAUAUACGAAGGGCAGGAAUUGAUUGUCCGAUGACAAGCUUGGAGGAAUGGAUCAGGAGGGAAGAUUGGUCGACUGUUCUGGGUUGAGUAUGUCGAAAUUGCUUCGACGUGCGGUUAAUUUAAGAAACACAUGAGCUAUACACCGGAAGACUCCUUUUGUUCUGGAAAAAAAGACUGUUUACCGCAAUUGUCAAAUCGUUAGCUGCGAGCAGUGUGCGGGGUCGACCAAAGUUUAAAAUGUGUUGACAGCACUGUGGACGCAGAUCAGCUACAUUGGUGCCAGGGCUCUUCACAAGCUUCCACUGAGAUAUGUUGCUAAGAUUAGCGAACGACGCUUCAGAUAAUUUGCGUGACUUCUGUAAGGCUCCCAAAUGAAAAUAGAUGUGCUGAGGUGAAUAAUGCAAGAUGCAAGAAAUUGACCCACCCGAGACCCCU